CAGUAAGCCACAGAGCAAACCACACACAUACACUUUUUUUUUCUUUAUUUUAUAUUUCCGUGUGGGAAAAAAAAGAAAAGAGCAAUGUAUAGAGCCUUACUGUCUACUGCCGCUAAUCGACACAUCAUCGUCCGUCCUGUACGUGGAUCUGUUCGUCACUACAGCUCACCAUUCAAGGUGUUUAUGGAUACUUUAAAAGAACAAAUCAAAAAAGACAAGGAUAUCAAGACACUGCAGGACGAAUCAGGUCGUUUGACUGAAAGCGAUGCUUUGAAGAAAGCCAAAGAGAUGCUUGAAAAGGCCAAGGCACAGCAAUCAGCUCAGUCUGAACGAUUAAAGCAAGCAACAGAAAAGAUUAGCAAAGCUGCCGAAAAGGUAGGCUCUCAAGUCAAUGAAUCUUUCAAGAAGGCAGCCGAAACCGAGUUUGCCAAGGACACAUCUGAAAAAAUCAAGAAAGCCGCCGAAUCGAUCAACAAGACGGCUGAGCCCUUGAAGAAGAGCCCUACGGUCGAAAAGAUUUCGGAUUCGUUCAAGACGGUCAUAAAGGAUGAGAGUGGUAGAUAUACUGGUUUUGUUGAUAAGGAAACGAGAAGAAAGAUGCGUGAAGAAGCACAAAAGACACAACAGACGACACAAAAGACAGUGGCCGAGAAUCCUGAGGCUGGUGCACAUAUGGUACUUCAUAAGGAUUCUAAAUGGAAAGAGAGUUGGUCAAAGUUUAAGGAAGAGAGUCCUAUCAUGCAAGGUAUCUUUAGAGCAAGAAAGAAUUAUGAGGAAUCCGAUAAUUUGUUUAUUUCCUAUACGCGUGCAUUCACUGAUCGUGUUUCAGAUGCAUUUGGUUCCAUUUUUGAAGAAUCAGAUCAAGCACAGGCCAUUCGUGCUUUCCAAAUGAUUGAUCCUACUUUCAACAUGGACAAGUUCAUGGUCGAUGCUCGUACAUAUAUUGUUCCUGAAUUGAUGGAAGCUUAUUUGAAGGGUGAUGUAGAUACAUUGAAGCUCUGGUGCUCAGAAGCAACAUACAAUGUCUUGACAGCUGUGAUCCAAGCUCAAGUACAACAAGGAUUAAUUAGUGACUGCAAGAUUCAAGAUUUACGUGAUAUUGAAUUGGUUGCAGCCAAGAUUUUAGAAAAUGAUGUACCUGUCCUUGUCUUAUCUUUCCGUACACAAGAGAUCAUUGUAUUCCGUAAUGCCAGAACUGGUGAAAUAGCUUAUGGCAAAGAGGAUUUAAUCGAACAAGUCACGUAUGCUUGUGUAUUAACCAAGGAACCAGAAGAUCUUCAAAACCCCGUGACGAACGGAUGGCGAAUUAUUGAUAUGGCCAAGCAUGACUCUAGACCUGUUUGGUAAAAUGUACAUAUAGAGAUAGAAUUAUUACAUAAGCGAGUAUCUAUUUUUUUCAUAUGACACGCUUAUAAAAUGAAAUUAUAAACAACAAUGGGGGUAAACCUAUAAAUGGAUUUGUAGCAC